AUGCCAUCAUCACGCAACGGAAAUGAGAUUGGUAUCGUCUUCGUCACGACCUCUGAUGGAUCGUUUCCGAAAUCAGGAUCUGUUCGUAAACAGAUCAGACGACAGGCGAUGAGCAAAGCCGCAUCUGAACGAAAGCAAAGAGGCAAUUACAACCAGGCUAAUGCCGGACAGUACCCAGAACAAAUACUCUCGGCCAAAUUGAACGAUGCAUCUCAAGACAACGUCCCUAAGCAGGUUGUACCUGUGGUUACGAGAGCAGUCCCUCGGCCCAUGACGGCCACAGGUUAUGAGAGAAUGAGAAUAGACUAUAGCUUUGACGUGCUGGACCUUUCUGCUCUGACCAGUUUCUACAUUGGCGAGCCUGCAUCUCAAGCCCUCAAGGCAAAACCCAAUCGCCUAUCGAGUCUCAUGAAAUGCCACCAGUGGUCUUAUUUCUCCUACGUUCCAAGCCAUUAUGGAUACAGCAAAUGCCUGGAUGACGCGAUUCAUUGUAUUGCUGUCCGAGUACGAAAAUAUGUAGGCACGGCUGAGAAGACACCAGAUGACGCUGUUGUCCGUCAUUACCAAGUCGCCUUACGCACGCUUCAAGAAUGCUUAGAUGACCCGGUGAGGCGUCUGGAUCCGGGUGUUUUGUGCGCUAUAGAAAUCCUUGCAAUAUAUGAGCUGCUUGACUUUCCCUCUGUGCAACAGGCACAGUGCAGAACGCAUGUCGCUGGCGCAAGCGCAUUGAUACGGCUCAGAGGACCUAGACGGUUCCAAACAGAAUUUGAAAAGGCACUUUUACUUGCUCUCGUCCCUUCCAUUUUCACAGAGGCGAUGCUAUGGGGCGCACCAUGCUUCCUGGAAGAAGAUGAUUGGAGUGCGGUUCUCUCAUCCGCUAUUCUCGAGCACACCACCUUCUCCGACUGCAGUAAAAUCAGAAUCUCGCUACUACGGCACACUGCUCUGGUCCCUCGCCUUGUGAACGAUGUUCGAGCUGCAGUCUACUCACCCAACGAUGUCGGUGUGGACGGUCUGGCUAGACUAGUGGAACGCGUGAAUGUCAUCCGAACUGCCCUUCAAACCUGGCGAAGAUGCCAUGAUAGCCUUUCCCUAUCAACUGCGCAAAAUUUAUCGAAAACAGACAGAAUGUAUCAGCAAAGUCGGGGCAUAGAGGCCAUCGGCAUCUACCUUGAGAGUAUGAUAUUUUUGAAUCGUAUUUCGGCUGCUCUUCAACCGCAGAUAGGAUGCGAACUGGAAGAUGAGACUCGGCAGCAUGUCAGUGACCUUUUCGAUUUAGAGUACAACGCUCGGAUGAAAGUUCCCCGUGCAUCUCUUUGUUUUGCUGUCAAGUUAGUUGUGGCAAAGGCUACACUCGAGACAGAAUUGGAUUGGAUACAUGCAUAUAAGGAAGCGGCACAGAAUAGGGCGACGCCACUCUGCACGAUUCCAUGGCCAGUCUUUGAACGGUGGGCAAAGCUGAAGGGAUUCAGAGGGGAGAUGAAGGCCAAGGAAUAA